UGACGGGCCGUGACGGGCCGGGCCGGGAGCUCGUCCGCUUCCAUUGGGCCGGGAUGAUUUAAUGCCGCGUCAGGUGGCUCCGUCACGUGAGCUGCCCGUCCAGCCGGCCCUGAAGGUCCCGUCCCCGCCUACAGAUGGGGAUGGCGACACGGAGCCGCUGCUCAGUGCUGACAGGAUGCUGGAGCUGCGCCCGGCUGUGACAGGAUGACCUUGCGCUGAGCUUUGGUAGGAAAAACGCGACGCAAUCAUUCGUCAAUGUGCAUCAUUCUGUUCAAAUUUGAUCCUCGGCCGGUUUCAAAAAACGCAUACAGGCUCAUUCUAGCAGCUAAUAGAGAUGAGUUUUACAGCAGACCAUCCAAAUCAGCAGAUUUUUGGGACAGCAGCAAUGAAAUCCUGAGCGGCCUGGAUAUGGAGGAGGGAAAAGAAGGUGGGACGUGGCUGGGAAUCAGUAAGAAAGGCAGGAUGGCAGCCCUGACAAACUACAUGCAGCCAACGACUGACAAAAAUGCAAAAGGAAGAGGUGCUCUUGUAACGAACUUCUUGACUUCAGAUCUGGACUGUUACUCUUACUUGAAGAAAGUUUCAGUAGAAGGACAUCUUUAUAAUGGAUUUAAUUUAUUAGCAGCUGACUUGAAUACCAUCAAAGGAGACGUAAUUUGCUACUAUGGAAACAAGGGAGGACCAGAACCUGUUUUCUUAAAUCCUGGAAUAUAUGGACUGAGUAAUUGUUUGCUGGAUACACCAUGGAAGAAACUACAGUAUGGGAAACAGCUUUUUACAGAAGUCAUCAACAGAAGUCAGGACCUUGCCAAAGAGGACUUGGUGCAGGAGCUCCUUGCAGUGAUGAAUAAUCAAGAGCCUCAAUUACCUGACCCUGCAAUUGAAGACCAAGGGAAGGAAUACAUACGUCCCAUACUGAACAAGUAUGCAGCUGUGUGUGUUCGUUGCCCAGGUUAUGGAACAAGGACAAACACUGUCCUCCUCAUUGAUUCAGAAGGAAACGUUACUUUCACGGAGCGCACCAUGAUCAACGAGGAUGUCAGCCAGUGGAAAACAAGCACCUAUGAAUUCAAACUGCACGUGUAACAACUUUCCAUUUGAAUGCAUUGAAAUGAAAGCAAGCUGUUAAGCUCCAGAAAAUGUUUUCUGCCAGUCUCUGGAAGCCAAAAUUAGCAAGAGAAGCAAAAGUUGUUUGAACAGGUCGUAUAAGCCAUCAAUCUCACAAAUCAUUUGCUUAAAACCAAGUUUCUUACUGUUUUUACAUUAAGUUGCAACUUUAAAACAAAUUUCUGAUGGUGUGGCUUUGUUUUAUCAUCUAAGCUUAAGAAAUUGUAGAAAGUACCAGCAAAAUACUGUGAUUUGCUGAGAAUACAUGCAGCUUCCUGCAGAAUCCAUCUUCAGCAACUUUCACAGUCUACAUUUUUCUCUAAAAAUUCAGUUUUUUCGCACAUGGAAUUGAAAGGAAAUCAGCUGCAGUUCCAUUUCUUUUCACAGAUUCCUCAAAUUUCUUUUCACUUGGAUUGAACCAAUACUGUAUGAUGCCUGAAACCAGUGUCUAGCAGUCAUAGAACAUAAGAUCAGAGGGAUCGUGAGGCCACCCAGUGUAACAGCUGCUUCCAGGGUAAGGCUGUCCUUGCCCAACACACGAGUCAUGGCUUUUUUCUUUUAAGUAUGUUUUAAAGAAAUACUAAACUUGCAUUCAGUUCAGAGGAAGAGAAAUACUGUUCAUGCUGGUGUGCACGAAGUGAAUGUAUGCUUUGUAGCAUUAAGUGCUUUAUUAAUAUGUAAAAUCUUCACCGUGUUGUUCUGCCUGGAGAGGGUGGGGAGGGAUGAAUUCUUUGUUCUGUUUAGCUGCAAACAGCACAGCAGUAGAUCGUAAUACUCUCUAAUCUAGUUUUAGAGCUAAGAAAUUGUCACUGCUCAGUUGUAUUCAGUAGAAGUUAAGGGUUGUUUAUCUCUAAAAGGAAUAAAAUCCUGUACUGUGA